AUUCGAUUCAGCUCUAUUAAAAAGUGCAUUCUACUGCAGUUAAGCAACUUAAUUAUUAAAAUAUAGAGAGUAUUUUGCAUUGCACUUGACUCGAUUUGCUGCAAAUGUAACAAGAGGAACACACACCUUCUGUUCUUGCUUUUCGUGACAGUGGCAAUUAAGUUGUACAUGAGUAAACUAUGAAAAUUUACGAUUACUGAACUACCAGUACAACGCUUAGGCAAAAAGCUAAUACGCCAAGAUGUGGAUUCAACCCAAGGAGUUGUUGUUGCCUUCGGCAUUUUGGAUUGCUGAAAUGUACUCCAAGUAUUUUGUGCUGCAAAAGCGACGCGGACAUGGCGAAUCCCGAGGAUUUGGUUCGAUGCUGGUGGGCACCUUUGACAGCGUAAUGAACACCAAACCAGCCCCAUAUCGAAUACUGCAUCAGACACCCUCCUCCGAAGUAUCUUACGAAAUUGCUAUUGGAAUUACACAAGAUGAGAUUGUUAAGGAUUGGGAAUGGCUUCAAGCGAAUCUGUUCAGCGUUCUCAAUGAAAUGGAAAAUGAGGAUGAAGUAACAAACUUUACAAUAUGCAAAAUACAAUCGUUGUAUGCUCAAAAUAACCAAGACGAUACUGGCGAAUCGCCGGACUUUAAAGUGAUGACAUCACAAUUUCGACAAAUCUUUAAAAUGCCCGAAGAGGAGCGUUUGGUCAACUCGUACUCGGCUACAUAUGUAAAGAACAAAAUACCACGACAGGGACAAUUGUACAUCUCCUUGAAUCAUGUAUGCUUCUAUUCGUAUAUACUAAGCCAGGAGAUUAAGCGAAUCAUACGCUUCGCUGAGCUGGAGGAUAUUAGCCGGAGUGGCAAUACAAUAUACCUGAAGACUACCAAUAAUAUGACCUACAAUUUCACUCUUAUAUUCAAUGCGAAUGAGGCGCAUGUUUUGAUCGAGCAGCUUAACAAGAUGGCAAUACAAAAGCUUAUCCAAGAUCCAGAGAGUCCAGUCGUCGAUCAUGACACCUCGAAUUUUACACGCUUCGGCGCAAAGGCUUCCAAGAAGCCGGUUCUCUUGCGUGAUUUGACGGCACGUCAAAAAUCUGAAGAAUUUCGGGUUUAUUUUCGUCUACCGCAAACGGAAAUUAUUGAUGGCAAGAUAAAGGCCGAUAUCUGGACGCCAUUUUCAAAGCGCUUUCAUGCGGGAUACAUAUAUUUAUCGCCCAACUUUUUUUGCUUUCGCAGCGAUGUCAAAGAUUUGGUUAGCCUCGUAAUACCCAUGAAAACUAUUAAGAGUGUGGAGAAGAAGGACGAUGGCCAGCAGCGAUUUGACAAUCAAAUUGUUAUCUUUACAUCGGAGAAUGUGCCUUUUAUGUUUUCAAAGAUUGUGGAUCGCGAGGUGCUCAUCUCAAAGAUCACAGAUCUUUUAUCUCGCAUCUAUGUUCCCGUCUGCAGGGAACGCGCCAAAUAUGACAUCUCAUGGAGUAAACAGACCGCAUUUCUCAACACAUUUAAGACGCAAUUCAGCGCGGAUAUGCAGAAGAAACAGGACGUGAAGGUGGCACGUUGGGAGGAUCAUUUUCGAGAUUUUGGACGCGGCAUUGCAAUGUUUCGCACCACAGAUGUGAUUAAUUUGAUUGUGGAGGGAAUACCGGAUAAAUUGAGACAGGAGAUUUGGUUAAUCUUCUCGGGCGCCAUACAUGACAAGGAAAUGAAUCCCGGCCUGUACGAGGAUCUGGUUGAGAAGGCAGCCUGCAUUAAGGAUUGCUUUGCGCACGAGGAAAUCGAUAGAGAUUUGACACGUUCUCUACCUGAACAUCCGGCCUUUCAAAGCCCCGAAGGCAUUGGCGCCCUACGUCGUGUCCUACAGGCAUAUGCCCUGCGUAAUCCGCAGGUGGGCUACUGUCAGGCCAUGAACAUUGUAUCUUCGGUAUUUUUGCUAUUUUGUGAUGAGGAAAACGCCUUCUGGAUGCUGGCAAGUCUUUGUGAGAAUCUAUUGCCGGACUACUACAAGGAUAAGGUUGUUGGCGCCCAAAUCGAUCAGGGAGUGCUUAAUGAGCUGGUUGAAACGCAUAUAUCGGACUUGCAUGAGCAUCUGGAGCGACUGGGCGUUAUUAAGAUGAUCUCCAUAUCAUGGUUCCUUACCAUAUUUAUAAGUGUGAUCAGCUACGAGAGCUCUCUUCAAAUUCUGGAUUGCUUUUUCUACGAGGGUGCCAAGAUCAUAUUUAUGAUCUCACUGCAGAUCAUUGAAUGGAAUCGUGACAAGCUCCUUGACUGCCAGGAUGAUGGCGAGGCCAUGCUGGUAUUGCAAACCUAUUUGGGGGGCAUCUAUAACCCGGAGUACCAAGUGCCGCCUCCCACAGACAAGCGCAAGCUCGAACGUCCACAAACUCAAACCAUCCAGACGCUCAUCCAUGAGGCGUACACAAAAUUUGGCGAGGAGCUGACCCAGCAGCGCAUCGAGGAGCUGCGUAAUAAACAUCGUCGCCUCACCGUGCGACAGUUUGACAUUGACAACGAGAUGACCAUUGUGAAGGCCCAUGCUCAGAAUGCAUACUUCAAACGGCAGGAGCUGCACAUGCUGCUCACAAUUAUACGCGAGGAGAAGCUGGCGCUCAAAUCCAUGCAACAGCAGCAGAAGGCACAGAGCAUGAGCGAGGCGCCACAGUUGCAGCAUCAGCAGUCGCCUGCACAUGAUAUUAUGCCUGGUGGUGGGAACGGACGCCACGAGGCAUAUUGCGUCAGUUUUGAGGUAUUCCACACGCUCUUCACAGAGCUAACGCCUUGGCGCAAGUGCGUCGGCGUUGACAUUGCCGAGAAACUCUUCAGACUGACGGACAAAAAGGGCACCGGACUGCUGGAUUUUGGUCAGCUAAUUAACGCAUUAGGUUUGGUCUGCUCCACCAAGAGUAUGGAGAAACUGAAGCUGCUGUUUGUAUUGCAUUUGCCUCCAUUGUUGUCCAAGUCGGAAAUUGAACGCACGCGUCGUCCGCGUCCACGGACCAAAGAUGAUGCCGAGGAGGCCAUCGAGGCAGAGGAUUUCUUUGAUGAUGAUGCCUCGGAGUCCAUUGAAGCGCUGCCGUCGCCAUCGGAUAACAACUUUGAUGCUGAUGACUUUGCUUUGAUAAGCGCCACACAACAUUUGCAUAAUUUAGCUGGAAUCUCGGGCAACACCUUUAUGGACUUGUCGCGAACACCGAAUCUGUCGCUGAACUCGAAUGCAUCGUCGUUGGCGCAACGUAACUCGACGUUUUAUGUGGAUUUGCCCGCUGCACUCCAGGGUACUGCAACACGCACAGAAGCUGGGCAGGAUGACGACCAAGACAUCGGUCUACGCCAGCAAGGACGUUACGAAUCGAUUGACACAUUUUCGGAUAUUUCAGAUCUGGGCGCGGCCCCGACGACAACAGCUGGCACAGCAGCAGCCACAAAUGCCGAUCAAAUGCUACUGAACGUUGAGACUAUAUCGAAUUUCUCACAGAUCAGCGACCUGGUUGCGGCCACGCGACUCGAACGUGCCGAUUCAAAUGCCACGGAUACACGAAGCCUGGGCAGUUUGGGCUAUUUGCUGGAUCAGCCCACAGAAGGCGCCUCCGGCAGUGGACAGCAUCGCCAUGUGCCGCACAUGCGCAAGGAAAAUUUCCAGCUACUGUGGCGCAGCAUCAUCGAGAUCUUGGGUUGCGUCCAGGACGAGGAUAUGCGAUGUGCAUACGAAAAUCUCAUGGAGAUGGGCAACAGCAACAUCAAGAAAGAGCCCAGUUUGGAGAGCUUUACACAGCUCAAUUUAGGAGGCAGCGGGGAUGAGCAACCGGAUAAUAACGGAAAUCCCACAACUCCCGCUGCAGAGCCGAGCAGCACAACACGCUUGUUUGUAGCACUCGAGGAGGAGCUGCGUCAGGCAAAAGCUGGAGCAGCAGCUGUAGCUGGAGGAGCAACUGCAACGGCAACGAGAACAACGACAACAACGACAACCAGCAGUGGAAGCAGCAGCAGCACAAACACCUCGGAUUCCUGGCACAUAUCCAUUAAUCAGUUUAUAGCAACUGCUUUGACAUGUGAAUGCAUUGUGAAGGCAUUCCAAUCCCAGACUCGCAUUGUGGAGCAGAUUGAGUUGUUGCAGAAGAAGCGACGUAAAUGUUUGUCCACUAAUUAUAGCUACUGAAUCCUCUUCAACUGUAAUCACAUAUUCCCACAAGAACCCAAUGUAUUAGCCAUAUAAAGAAAGUCCCCCCCAAAUAGAACUGUGCAAUGCGACUUUAGCUUUUAACCGUAUCCCGUUUUCUAUAUACAUAUAAAUGUGUGUAUUCGUAUCUUACCCUAUUAGUUAAGCCAAUUGUUUGUGAAUAUAGUUCUAUUAUACCUAUUAUACAUAUUAAAUAUAUAUAAUAAUACAAGUCUAACGUA